GAUAAUUUCCUGGUGAUCAUUUCUAAAGCAUCAUGAUCACCGUAGCGGCCACCUGGCCUACAGCUAUCCAUCCUAUAUAUAUUGGACACCUCCACAAACGGAUGAGUGCAUAGAAAAAAGAGAGAAUUAAAGAGAGAUGGCAGCCAACAACACUCCUAGACAUCCACUCUCAUACCGUCAUGUUUUCAUGAUGCUUCUCACUCUUCUAUUCAUGUCGACGCUUCAAGCAGUCUUAGCCACCACCAAUACCAGCCAAACCUACGAAAAAUACAUCAUCACAUCCUGCAAUUCAACCACAUAUCCACAAUUAUGCUACUCGUCCCUCUCCCCCCAUGCCUCCAAAAUCAAAGCAAAUCCCAAAAAGCUUUGCAAAACCAGCCUUUCUGUAGGCCUAGAAGCUGCACAGAAUGCAUCCUCCAUAGUAUCGAAGCAACUGAAGCAGAAGGGAUCAUUGACGAGUUCUGAAACUGCAGUUAUUAAGGACUGCGUCGUGAACAUUAAAAACUCCAUUGAUGAGCUCCGAGAAUCCCUGGAUGCCAUGGACAAAUUAAGCGGUUGGGAUAAGGAAUUCCAGAUGUCCAACAUUAAGACUUGGGUGAGCGCGGCCUUAACGGAUGAGAAUACGUGCUUCGAUGGGUUUGAGGAAGGCCAAGAAAUAAGCGAAAAGGUGAAGAACAAGGUCAGAAAACGUAUAUUGAAAGUUGCCAGGCUGACAAGCAAUGCCUUGUAG